CCAUCCUUUCCUUCUUUCUCAUCCCUUAUCUUCCCUUCCAUCCUUCAUUUCUUCCAUCUUUUCUUUAGUUCAUCCCUUCAUCUUUUCUUCCAUUGCUGUAUUUGCCCUCUCUUCCCCCCAUCCUUUCCUUCUUUUUUACGCCUUAUCUUCUCUUCCAUCCUUCAUUUCCUCCAUCUUUCCUUUAGUUCAUCCCUUCGCCUUUUCUUCCAUUGCUGCAUUUGCCCUCUCUUUUCCCCCCAUCAUCCUUUCCUUCUUUCUCAUCCCUUAUCUUCCCUUCCAUCCUUCAUUUCUUCCAUCUUUUCUUUAGUUCAUCCCUUUGCCUUUUCUUCCAUUGCUGCAUUUGCCCUCUCUUUUCCCCCAUCAUCCUUUCCUUCUUUCUCAUCCCUUAUCUUCUCUUCCAUCCUUCAUUUCUUCCAUCUUUUCUUUAGUUCAUCCCUUCAUCUUUUCUUCCAUUGCUGUAUUUGCCCUCUCUUCCCCCCAUCAUCCUUUCCUUCUUUCUCAUCCCUUAUCUUCUCUUCCAUCCUUCAUUUCUUCCAUCUUUUCUUUAGUUCAUCCCUUCAUCUUUUCUUCCAUUGCUGUAUUUGCCCUCUCUUCCCCCCAUCAUCCUUUCCUUCUUUCUCAUCCCUUAUCUUCUCUUCCAUCCUUCAUUUCUUCCAUCUUUUCUUUAGUUCAUCCCUUCGCCUUUUCUUCCAUUGCUGCAUUUGCCCUCUCUUUUCCCCCAUCAUUCUUUCCUUCUCUUUUCUGCCUUAUCUUCUCUUCCAUCCUUCCUUCCAUUGCCCUCUCUUUUUUCAGUCAGGAUAAUCUAGUUAGUAUUUUCACAUUACAGUAGUUCAGUGUUAUAUAUUUAAAUAUUAAUCGCAUUUUUUUCAUUUUCUGCGCCACCUACGUAAAUAUUUGUCCGCAAACGGUGUUCAAUUGUCGCUCAAAUUGUGUUGGUCGGUUAAAUAAAGUUUUUACAAAAAAAAACUAUGACGUCGCCAAAGCCGGAAAAAGGAGACGGAAAGACACCGCAGCCAUCUUCCUGAGGUCAACUCAGCGCAGGGUUGUAAUUCUUUUACAAUAAACACCGAAAUUGGAGGAUGCCUCGACAUUGCUCCGCUGGCGGCUGCAAAUCCCAUGACAACCGUGAGGCUCGUAAUGCCGGCAUCACAUUCCACAAGUUGCCCAAAGAAGCCUCCCGUCGGAGCCUCUGGAUCUGCAACUCCCGCCGUCCGGACUCCUGGGACCCCCGGUCCAACUUUGUCUACUUUUGCUCCAAACAUUUCACGCCGGAGAGCUUCGAGCUGGCCAGCUGCAGCGGCAUCAGGAGGCUGAGGGAAGAUGCGUUCCCAACCGUGUUUGAUUCCACAUCGGUGACCAAAUCCAAAAACCCGGGGAAGCUCCUGAAACUGGAGGACAGAAACGGGCGUGUUUCGGGGGUGCAAAACCCCGACAAGCGUCAAACUCCAAAUGAAUCCGCCGAGGAAACCAACCAGGAGGAACCAGGAGCCCCUCAAGAGACGCCAGAAAACGAGGGGCAGCGACCGCUCCGAGACGAGACGCCUUCGCCUCCGCCGGCGUCGCCCCCUCGGCCGGUCUCUCCGUCGCGCUACAUGCGCCGCCUCCCCCCGCGCCCGGGCUUCUACCUCCCCAAGGAGCACAGCUACGCCCAGCUCUGCCCCCUGGUGUGGCGGAAGCGCUACGACAAGGCCGUGGACUACCUGGAGAAGACCCUGCGGCAGCUGCACGCCGCCCGCCGGCGGGAAAACCGACUGCGCGGCUCCCUGCUGAGGCUGCGCGACAGGCAGCAGAAGAUGCAAGGCAGCAGAGACGGCGGCGAGAACGCGGGGAAGUACUGCGGUCACUGCGGGAGAGGGCACAGGAAGUCGGAAAUGGAGAAAGAAGCCAAGUCCAAGGGGGCAAAUUCUCCAAGUUCCCCACACACAGUCCAAAGUCCGCAGAACCGGCCCGACUGCCGUCGUGAGCUGUGCGAGUGUCCUCACCGGGACCCGCGACCGCCGCCGCCGCUGCUGUGGAUACAAGGCGAAGGCGAGGAGCAGUUCAUCCUGGUCCCCGUCCCCGACGAAAGCCAGCUCCGGAAUUAUUUCGACGCCGCCGGCCGGGCCUCGCCGGGGUCCCGGGCGGACCCUGAGGACGGAACGGCGACGGGCGAAGACGUGAGGGAGAAACUGAAAGAGCACCUGGAGGGGUUUCACCUGCAGCUCAGCAGCGAGUUCGCCGGCUGAAAAACUGAAAAAAAAAAUGUCAUUCCAAGACUCACCGCGGCGGUUUUGGGUCCAACCGGCGGUCAAGGUUGCUUUUGGAUUUUUCAGAACCACGCCUCGAAACAUCUCAAGGAAUCCAUUCACAGAAUAAAAUUUCCAAUUUGCAUCAGAAUAUACCCGUUGUGUACAAAUAACUUUUCAAGGACCACGCCCCGAAUCACGUUCCGGAAUAACUCGAUUCGCACUCACGUGAGGAUAAGCGGCUUGGAUAAUGACAUGACAAAUCUUCAUUUUACUCCUGAUUGCAAUACAUUAUUCCUGCGCAAUCUUUCGUUUUUUUUUUUUGUUUUUUUUUUUUUUAGAGCCGCACCCCGAACAAGUUUAUGGAACCGACUCCCAGUCGUCCAUCUUCCCGCCAUAAAUAUGUCACUUUUGUUUGAAUUUUGCUACGUCUUAAUCAUUUUUUUUUUCGAACCGCCCCCUCCCAAAAGUUUCCAACAACAGCGCUUCCCGCCCACGUUAGUUUCAUACAAAUUACGGUUCGAGUUUCGGUGCACAAAGAACACCACGAGUAAUUCAACUUUUCCAUCCGUCCAUUUUCUCCGCCGCUUAUCCUCACAAGGUUGCACCCCGAACUGGUCGCCAGCCAAUCGCAAACAGCCGCGCUCACAAUCACACCAAGGGGCAAUUUAGAUGUGGCAUGUUUUUGGGAUGCGGCAAGAGAAAACCCACACAGGCACAAGGGGGGGGGGGGCACACGCGAACUCCAUACAGGCGGGGCCGGGAUCAAACUCGGGUCCUCAGAACUGCGAGGUCAAGGCUUUACCCGCUGAUUCCACCGUGCCGCCCUCCAAAGCAAACAUUGACUUUUUUUUUUUUUUUUUUUUUUUUUGGGAGAGAGAGCACGCCAGUAAUAAUCUUACGGGAACGGAGUAUUUUAUUUGUAUUUUAUUUUUAUUGAUCGGCAACGCACUCCAGUUUAUGCGAUCACCCCGAAACAAUUUGCUGAUCGGGCGUGGCGGGCGACCCCUUCUUCCUAUGUUUGAGCAGCUUCGAGUGGGCGGGGGCUUGUUUUGGAUGACCCCCCCCCCCCCCGCACACCCCACACACACCCAUAUCCCAUUUCCAACACAACGUUUAAAUCAUAUUCAACACGACACCCCCUCAAGGACAUCA